AUGGGCCAUGGGCUCGUUUUAUUAGAAUGCCUCAAGUGCAAGCAACAGCGCAAAUUUGAUAUUAAGCAACAUGUCUAUACCUUUUUCUUCGCGCGGCAGCAAGCUCUGCCCAUCCUCUGCUACACUUUCAUCGUCAAGGCUGUUGCUGCUCACGAGAAGGGAAUGCGAGAACAAGCCAAGAAGAUGGGAGUCAAGUCCCUGAGAAGCGAGGAAGCCCAAAAGACCUCAGCUGAAUGCCGUUUGUGCAAGGUUGCUCUCAUGACCGUUACCCUGUGGUUCGUGGCAUGGACCCCCUACUUCAUCAUCAAUUGGGGAGGAAUGUUCAACAGGUCCAUGGUUACUCCUCUGUUCUCCAUCUGGGGCUCCGUCUUCGCCAAGGCCAACGCCGUCUACAACCCCAUCGUGUAUGCCAUCAGUCACCCCAAAUACCGUGCUGCCCUUGAGAAGAAGCUGCCUUGCCUAUCCUGUGCUACUGAGGGUAGAGACGAUGGUGGUUCUGAUGCUGGAUCUACCGCCACUGCUCAGAGCACUGAGAAGGCUGAGUCUGCUUAA